AUGGUUGAACGCGCUAUAAAAAAACUAGAAGAAAUGAUUUCUUAUGCCACUUGGAAUAUAAAUACUACAGCUGACACUAAGAAGAAGUUAAUUAAAAUGGCAAUGGAAGAACCUGAGAAUUUCAAUGAAGAAUACAAUGUAAUUUUAACGACUCCUGACAGCAUGAUUAGUGAGGAUCUUCGAUUAAUUCUUAGCAGUUUAUAUAAAAAUAAUCUUCUGAAGAAAAUUAUUGUCGAUGAAGCACACUUAAUCUUCGAUCAGGGACUUGGGUUUCGCCCAAAUUAUUUAAAGAUGCUAAGUUAUCUUAAUACUAUCAGAAGAUGCCAAUUUAUUUACUGCAGUGGAUCAGUGUUUGAUGAAGCAGUUCGUCGAAUUAUCAGAAUUUUCCGCUUACCAGAGCAUACAGUGAUAUGGGGUAUUUCUUAUAAGCAAAAUAUUGUUAUCACUAUGAUUAAGAAGGAAAAUUUGCUGGAUAUAUCGGACUUUAUGGACAGGCUGAUUAGACUAAAAAUUCUCCGACAGAUGUGUUUUGAAAAUAGGCCUUUUAGAGUUGUAGUUAUAGUACGUAAUAUCCAGAAAAUGCCGUUCUGUGAGGAACUCACCCUCAUUAAAAAAGAAAAAGCUAAAGCACGAGAAACUUAUGAAACCAGUGAUUUCUCAGCUUUUAUCACUACUGCUGGCAACUUGAUUAGAGUUGAUCUCCAGGCUUGCUCUGUUCUACUACAUCAUGGUUUGCUCACUAUUAUAUCAACAUACUUCCAAGACAUAGGAAGAUUGAAUCGUAGCGGAGAUUUGGUUUUUUCACUUAUAUAUUCCACUUCCUCAGCAGUCUCUUCGUUAAAGAAAGUACUCACCAUUGAGAACUUCAAUAUGUCUUGUCGACGAUCCGUUUCAGUUUCAAGUCUCUCUGAGAGUGGCAGCAUUGUACAAAACACAUCAUUACCAAAACCAACAAAUGAGCUGAAUUGGAUAACUUGUCGAACGAAAAUGGAAGACGGUAAUGACAUGGUAGAAAUGGCGCAAGCAGCUUUUCUUAAUAUGUUAAGUAAAGAUGCAACGAAUUGCUUACCCAAUCCUAAAUUUAUUAAACCUUAUGAAGUCUGGGAUGAAUAA